CGAUUUGGAAAAUGGAAUUACGUAGAGAGAGAUAAGAAGGAUAAAAAAUCGAUCCCCUUUGCGUGUAUUUCCAUGCCUCCACCUGAUCACAACCAAUCAGGACCGUCGGUUUACCUGACCAUCCCAUCAAGUUCAACCUUUUCUUUGGGAAUCGUAGCGCUAUUUCUUCUUCUUCUACUUGUUCUUCGUUCUAUUUUGUUCCCAGAGCAGAAGGGGAGAAAACGAGGGAGAAUUUCCUUUUUCGAGUUUCAAGAUUUCAGAAUAAAGGGUUGUUUUGUUUGGUAUCAGAUACCAGGGAAGAAGAAGAAGAAGAAGAAGAAGCCGUAAAUUGGGUAAUCUUUGUCUUCUUUCAUCUUUGGUUUAGCGUAAAAUAGAGAGAAAGUAAGAAGGGUUUCGAGGAAUGCGUGUAGAGGAUGCCGAUGAUCUUGAAAUGGGGGAUUCAAGAUCAAUUCCGAUUUCACCACGAGCUUACAAAUGGGUGACGAAUUUCCAUCGUGAUUUGUUGGCGGGGGCUUUCAUGGGCGGACUUGUACAUACCAUCGUUGCCCCAAUUGAGAGGGCGAAGCUUUUGUUACAGACCCAAGAGAGCAAUCUGGCCAUUGUUGGGGUUGGUCGAAGGAGAUUCAAGGGUAUGUUUGAUUGUAUUUUUCGCACCGUUAGGGAAGAAGGCAUUCUUUCUUUAUGGAGAGGCAAUGGAAGCAGCGUUAUUCGUUAUUACCCUUCAGUUGCCCUCAAUUUUUCUCUUAAGGAUCUAUAUAAAGACAUGUUAAGGAAUAGCUUUGUAGAUGGUCACUUUCUUUCUGGUCCAUCAGCCAAUUUUAUUGCUGGAGCGGCUGCUGGUUGUUCAACAUUGAUUUUAAUAUACCCUUUAGAUAUUGCACACACUCGCCUUGCUGCUGACAUCGGAAGAACUGAUGUUCGUCAGUUUCGAGGCAUCUGUCAUUUCCUUUCUACCAUACGCAAAAAGGAUGGGAUUCGAGGGGUUUACAGGGGACUUCCAGCCUCUCUACAGGGAAUGGUUGUGCACAGAGGCCUUUAUUUUGGUGGCUUCGACACCAUGAAAGAGAUUUUGGUAGAACAGUCUCAAUCAGAGUUGGCACUAUGGAAGCGUUGGGGAGUGGCUCAAGUGGUCACAACUUCAGCUGGAUUGUUGUCAUAUCCUUUCGAUACGGUUAGAAGGCGGAUGAUGAUGCAAUCUGGGUUGGAUAAGCCAAUGUACAAUGGCACCCUGGACUGUUGGAAGAAGAUUUAUCGAAUGGAGGGGGUUAGCUCUUUCUAUCGAGGUGCUGUUUCAAACAUGUUUAGGAGUACAGGUGCAGCUGCGAUCCUAGUUUUGUAUGAUGAGGUAAAGAAGUUCAUGAAAUGGGGUGGGUUGUAGUUAAGAUGGAAACUGUUUGUCUGACAUUGAUGACAUCUUGUAGAAAUUAGCAUGAUCUAAAAGAACACAAAAUUUUAACAGGGAAAAAAAUAUCUUGUAGAGUGAGUCCAGAAACGAGCUCGAGUUCGUGCUCGAUCUCAUCCUGUAACAGUGUUCCUAAAUCAUUCAUUUGCCUUCUCUUUCUCGGCAAUCACUUGAACAUUGAUUUUUAAUGUCAUAUAUCAAAUAAUAACAACAUCAGCAACAGGAGGGAAAAAAACAAUAAUAGAACAGAUUCUGAUAUGGAAAGGAAA